UUCACGCCACUCCUCCGGUCACGGAGGGAAUCCCGCUUCACUUCCGUUUUUCAUUUAUUAAACCUGCACGAGCGCGAAUCACGGCUGAGUGAAAGCGACAGCUGGCGUCCGUCAUCUCGAACCGAACGCGUGACGUCACCGCCGAACGCGAAAGUGUCUCCGGAGAUCGCCGGCGUGUCGGAGAACCUGCAGCAGCCCAGUGGGUGACGGUGUCUGUCGGCUCGGUCCCGAAACACACAGCAGCGGAUCCACGCGGACAUGGGAAAGACUCGCGCGCUCAUUCUCCUGUGGGCAGCUCUCGGUUUAUGUCGCUGCAGGCUGGUGACGGUUCCUCGGGGUCCGUUGCUUCGUGUGGAGGGUCAGCCGCUGUCUCUUCGCUGUGAUGUGGAGGACUACCAGGGUCCCAGAGAGCAAGAAUUUGAAUGGAAGGUGAUCCGAGGAACAGAAUCCAUGAAUGUAGUUUCAACAUUUGACGACAAGUUCUCAGACCGCUCGAUUAAAGAGCGUGUAAGCAGCGGAGACAUCAGCAUGUCACGAUUGGGCGACAACGUAGUGGAGCUGAGAAUCAAAGAGGCCAGAAUCGCAGACAGCGCCACUUACAGAUGCAGUACAACUAGCACAGAUUCAGUUUACAGCGGGAACUACGACGCAGAUGUUCAACUGAAGGUUGUUCCUAACAGUCUGGUUGUGGUUCCUGAUGCCCUGAACCGUGUUAUUCCUGAGGGUGGAUCCUUCAGACUCGUCUGCAAUGUUUCUUAUGACUUCAUGGAGGGAAUUCAUCUUUCCUUCACCUGGUCUGUGAUAAAGGGACCGUCUCUGUCUCAGGAUCUGCUCACCGUCGGUCCUGAUGUAGGUGUGACGGUUGGAAACGGUGUCACGCAGCGUUACACAGAUGGUGCGAUGAGGUUAGAACUGGGAAACGGAGCGUCGCACAGUGUCGUGCUCUCCGGAGCGAUGCCGGACGAUCAGGGGAUGUACAAGUGUACGGCCAGACUGUGGACUCGAGAGCAGGGGACCUGGAAGAGAAUUCAGGAGAAGACUGUGGAGAUGGGAGAUGUGACUGUUAAUCCUGCAGCAAACUCUCUGAGCGUGGAGGUUCGGAAAGACAGCACGUUAUCAUCCGGAGAGUCUCUGAUACUCAACUGUUCUGUUACUGUCGAUGGUUUGACGUCAGUUGAUCUGGAGGUGACGUGGCUUCUGAAUGACACGCGUGUGUUGGCCCGCUCGGGUCGUGACGGCGUGUUGUCCGGUGCUUCUGAUGCUGUAGAGGUCAGGCGGUUGGGGAAAUGGGAUUUCCAGUUUAAGGUUCCUCGGGUGGACACGACAGAUGCUGGAUUUUAUUCCUGUAAAGCGAUCGUGUGGAUCCAUCACAGCAGUGGACGCUGGUAUGAGGCAGCUGAGAAGAUUUCUGCUCCGGUGCGAGUUCGCGUCAACAACCACAAUCCAGAUUUCACAGUCGUUCUGAGCUCAACUUUAACUGCAAAGUUUUCAGGAGACCCGACAGAUCUGGAGUGUAAAGUUUUAAACGUGUCUAAUCUUCACAGCGGGCGUCUGGGGGUGUCCUGGUUAUUUAAAGACGGAGAUGACCCUUUAACCGGGGGCACCGUGGCGUCACUGGACGAGAACGGAACCCUCGUGCCGGGGAAGUCAUACGCGAGUCGUGUGGAGGCGGGACUUAUCACAGUCACUCGUGUUGAACCGUACACGUUUAAGCUCCGCCUCCUGCACACAACGAAUGAGGAUGUGGGCGAGUACUCCUGCGGCGUCACCGCCUGGGUUCAGUCUAUGCAUGAGAAAUGGAAAAAGAUGAAUGAGAUCCGGAGUCCUGCGCUCAAAGUCAGCUUUACUAACAAGAGUCCGGUUCUCGGUGUGGUAGCCCAGCGCCUUCGAGAAGCUACAGCGAGCGGCUCCACAUUUGAGAUGAGCUGCCGUGCCAACACGCAGAACCUCCCGCCGGGAACCGCCCUCUCCGUCGUCGUCCUAUCAGAGGCAUCGGUCAGCUCGUCCAGUCGUAAACUGGCCUCUCUGGGGCCUGAGAUGGUCCUGAAGCUGGAGGACUGGACUGAGUCUGCUCGAAGAGACGGUCUGAUGCUGAUCAAGACUAGCAAGACCGAGUUUCAGUUCCGCAUGUCAGGGGUUCAGGUGACGGAUCGAGGAUUUUACUCGUGCGAAAUGAAAGCUUGGUCUAAACCGUCUGGAGACGACUGGAUAGAGAUGGCCAGAGGAGUGUCCAAUAAAGUUCAGAUCACUUUUGAGCACAGAGGUCCCUCAUUCGAUGUGUCCAUCAGUUCAGACACACUGAGUGUUUUCCCCUGGGAAACUGUCAAGAUGGAGUGUGACGUGAGGUUGACGGGCACAUCGCCAACUACAGAUGACGUAGCGUAUGAGCUGAAAUGGUUUCUGAGUCGUCUGAAGGGUUCCAGUCGCGUGUCUCUGUUAGCCGGUGUGGACCGAUGGGGCGUCGUGCACAAAACCCCUCGUAAUGACAGCAGUGACUGUAGUCUGGAGCGACUUGGACCCAGAAAGUUCACCCUGAACAUUCACAGCGCUCAGGACAGUGACGGCGGGGAAUAUCACUGUACCGUAACGCCCUGGAUACAAUCCACCGGCACCAGCGUCUGGAGUCAACUUCAUGAAGUCACCUCAAAGAAAAUCUUUCUCAAUGUCAAGUUUGCAUUGUGGGAUUCAAUGAAGUUGCCGUUACUCUACGGAAUGUGUGCUUCAGUGACUGUUGGAGUGUUUUCUCUUGUUCUGGGUUUGGUUUGUGUUCACUGUUGCCUCAGAAGCACAUCGUCGACUCCUCGCUCUCGCGCCAAACUCCUUGAGCUGGAGAUGGAUUGACAAACACUGAAUCCCAACUGCUGGACACCACCAGGUCGGUUUGACUGACACACGCGUGAAGCUUGUUGGAAUCUGCCGUGAAGAGAUCACAGAGCAAAACUACUGCCAGGACCAACAUAGUUUAUCUACAGGACAAUAUUUUCUUGGAUUUAAAACUUUUAGAAGCGGUUUUAUAGUCUGAAGAAGAGAUUCUGCAGCUGAAGGAUUAUAAUACACCACAUCAAGAGCUCAGCUGUAUCCAGAUCAGGGUUUUCAUCACAGUAUGGUGCUACUUCACUUUUAUAAGACACGUGAAUGUUGUUUUUAUCUGUGAUUUUGUGAUGUACUGUAUGCAGUAACCUUCUCCUGCCCGUCCGGAGCUCGCUGGAAACCGAUUGGCCGAAAUGAACUGAUUUAUUGAUAGGACACUGGAUUUUAGAGGGACACGUCACCCAAAAACAACACAUGAGAAAUACUCAUGACAGACUAUCUAUGUAGUUAACUAACUAACAACUUCCUUCAUUUAGCCUAGCAACCACCAAGAAUGCCGCCUGACAACCGUGCCGAUCCUAUAUGAGUAACACAAAGAGGAGUGUUUCUCAUCCAGGAGCGCAACAAACUUACAAGGAGAAUAGCACAAGCAUCAACUUUAUCAUGAUUUGAUGAUGAAUAAUGAGGACUUGUGAAUUAACAGAAGUAUGAUGGUGUGGUGCGCUGUGAUCGCUCGGGUUGAAGGGUUUUUGCUCAUUGAGUGUUUGAGACAUGAGGUCAGAGGUCAGGUGAAACUGUGCCUUUGGGCUGAGUCUCUGUGUCUCAUCACAAAUGAAGUGAAGCUGAAUUCAGGUCAGAACAAUCUCUCUCUCUCUUUCUCUCUGGACCGCUGCUGAUGCCCUGAGGGAAGCGUUCGUACUUUCUGUGAUUUCUGUUUCUGAGGGUCUUUGUGUUCACUGCUAACAGCGCCGGGACACAAAAGACCCCUCUCCGUAUACUCUCUGAAUCUCCCACAACCCCCUCACAGAAGAUGCUGCUCGGCAAGGUUCACUGAUGAUCUUUUAUCGAUAAACGUCACGUUGGAUUUGAUCCGGAGAGAGCGGCAUGAGCAGAUGUUUCGGUGUUACGCCGAAGGGCCGGUCACGCUGGAUUCCACGCAUACUGAAAUAAUUUGGCAUCAGCAAAAUGAAUGAGAGCAACAGGAAGUGAUGUCACACUCCAGCAAUUAUAUUUUGAAUAAUACAGUCUUCCGUCUCUCAUCUGUUUAAAUACUGAUUACUGGUCUUGAUUGGUGGUUGUCAUGACGACAGUAACUCAUCUCUAAAGCAGCAUUUCACUCUCGCGGAUGUCGAGACCGCAACUUCAACACUUGUCUUUCGCUGCAGUGUGCUUUGGGAGAUGAGAAUCGAGUUGCGGCAUGUUCACUCGGAGAUGAUCUGCUCUGUCAUGUGCGUUUUUUUUUUUUAGAAGAUUAAUAUUGUUCUUUUAUAGCUUUUUUUUAAUAAAAUACUUUCUUGAGAUAA